AGUAAAUAUUUACGUUUUUUUUUAUUGCAUUUCUGCAUUUAGUAUAUAAGUUGUUGUUGUGGUCAAGAUUUAGUGAAAAUUGUUAGGUGGAAAUUCCCUAAAUGAGUGCAUUGUUUCGCAGUUUAAAUAGUGGUUUUUCCACCAAACGUGAAAACGCCAUUAAAGAUGCCAUACUAGAGGCUUUGCAGGAAAAUGUUAAAGAAAUCGAAUACGAAGUACAAGAAAAUGGCAAAGAAUGUCUGGAACUAUGUGAAAGUACCAGCUCUUUAUCCACCACUUUAGAGGCUAUAUUUCUGCAUGGCCUAAAGGACUCAUUUUUAUGGCAGACAUUGAAUAUUAUAGCAGGAGAUGUGGAGCGCAGGCCGGAUCCCAGCUUUUGGUCACCCAUAAUGGUGUUUAUGCACAAGGAGGUUAUAGAGCAGAUAACCACCCUGACUCAAAUAACAUCUGAGAUUGGUCAAUGUCGUGCCUGGAUACGUUUGUCGCUCAAUGACUGCUUACUGUCCUCUUAUCUCAACAAUAUGAACAAAAAUUCUUCGUCCCUUUCACCAUAUUACAAAAAAUAUGCCUUCAUGAAAGAUGCCAAACGUUUGGAAACGGCCGUCUCAUUAUUAAAUGCCCUAGAAGCGGUGGUACAAUUUCAAUUGCCCUACAAUUCAACUCUUUUAAAUCAGUGGCCAGAUUAUGCUUUGCAAUUGUCGGGUCUAUGGACACCCACUUUGAAAUCAUGUCCCAUAACAAGUGGUUUGGACAUUGCCGGUUCUUUGGCCGAAGAAACCAUGGCCAUACCUUUGCCACAGCCAGUGCGCACUAAUGAAUUGUUUUCGGAAUCUAUAUCGAAUAGUCCUUUUCGUAGAGGUAGCAGCUUUCCGGUGGAGGACUUAAAUUCACGCAUAAAUAUUGAUUUAUUUUUGCAAAAAGUCGAUGAAAUGGAAGAGGAUGAAACUUUGGAAGCUGGAGCUGUUGCAAUGGAGCCAGAAAUAACACAACAAGUUAUAAAGGAGGAUAUUAAACGAGCCAAUGAAGCAGAAAAUAAGGAUUUGGGGAAUAUGGAGAAAACUUUAAGUGGUGGCAAUUCCUUAAGUAAUCUAAUGCAAAAGUCUUGGUCCUCUGAAAUGAGUAAUGCCGAAAAAUCCAGUUUAGAUGAUAAGGAACGUUCUAUAACGUUUCAAAGGUCACUAAGCCUUACAAGUUCGGCUAGUUCUUUGCGUUCACCAUUGGGCGACCGAUGCAGUUACAAUACUUUGUUGCGUAAACAUGAACGUCAACGAGAAAUCGAUUGGACUGAGGUGUGGGAAAAGUUUUUGCAGCAAAAUACCACCACUAAUUUAACAAACUCCCAAACUACUCUACACAAUGAGGAUAAUAACGGGGAUGAAGAUAAUUUAGAAACAGAAUCGAAUACCAGUAAAUCAGAUUUUGAACUGGUUUCUGGCAGUGCUUUGGAAAAGUUUGAUAUUGUAGAGUUGCAAGAAAUGGUGGAACAAUUGUGUAAAUUGGCCAGAGAGCCGGGUUUAGAUGCUCAAGGUUUUUUGUGUAAAUCCUGUCAGCAUCCUUUGGGUAUAGGUUAUUCUAAUUUUAGGGUAUGUGCUUUUAGUGGCAAUUAUUAUUGUGAUAGUUGCAUGGACAUUGAGCUAGUGCUUAUACCAGCUAAAGUUAUUUAUAAUUGGGAUUUCCGCAAAUAUAACGUGUCCAAAAAGGCAGCCUUAUUUUUGGCUGAAUUUCGCAGCCAGCCUUUUAUCGAUUUACAGAUCUUAAAUCCCGAUAUUUAUAAUGCUUCAGAGGCCAUGGCUGAAUUGCAGGCUUUACGCAUACGCCUUAACUUUAUACGAGCGUAUUUAUGCACCUGCAGUCCCAAAAGUUUCGAAGAGCUGCAGCGUCAAUUCUUUGGCAAAGAAUAUUUAUACGAGCACAUACAUCAGUAUUCCAUAGGCGAUUUACCCAUGAUCCAGCGUGGCACUUUGUAUCAACAAUUACACAAGGCAUUUAAAAUGGGUGAAGCUCAUAUUCUUAAGUGUGUAUUAUGUAGUUAUAAGGGUUUUAUAUGUGAAAUAUGCAAUAGUUCUCGUAUAUUAUAUCCCUUUCAUAUAGAGACAACAUUUAGGUGUUCUCCCUGUGGCGCUGUUUUCCAUGCGGAUUGUUUAAAUGAAAAACAACCUUGCCCCAAGUGUGAACGUCGCCGCAAACGUGUUUGUACCAUAACACCGGAGGUGGAGGAGAAUAAAGAGGAAAUUUUAGAAUAAAAACUAGUUUUAUGUGUUAAAAGACUAUGAAUUAUUUAUAUUUUAUAAUGAAUAUAUUUAUAGGAAUGUAUGUUAAUCUGCUUUAAAAAUAUUAUAGCAGCAAAAAAUAGAUCGAUAUCAGCAAAAAAAUCAUAUUGCAAAAACGAAUAAAAUAUUUAAGUCAAUACAUUAUAAUAGUUUACUAUUAUAUUAGUGCUUUAAUUGCUUAAAAUA